CUUUGAAAAGAACUGAAGUUGCCGCCACAUGCAGUACGUUCUUAAUUUAUAAUUUUAAAGCAAUUUCCGCAUACUAAUCAUUUUAAUUAUGAAAUAUAUUCUCGUUACUGGCGGAGUAAUUAGUGGGGUUGGUAAAGGAGUGAUAUCUAGUUCUUUUGGGGCAAUUUUGAAAUGCUGUGGUAUAGAGGUUACUUCCAUUAAAAUAGAUCCUUAUAUUAAUUUGGAUGCUGGUACUUUUUCUCCAUACGAACAUGGGGAGGUUUACGUUUUGGAUGAUGGAGGAGAAGUCGACUUAGACUUGGGCAAUUAUGAACGUUUUCUCAACGUUACACUUCAUCGCCAAAACAAUAUUACCACCGGAAAAAUUUACCAACAAGUAAUUGAUAGAGAACGUCAUGGUGACUAUUUAGGUAAAACGGUACAAGUGGUGCCUCACAUUACUGAUGCUAUUCAAGAAUGGGUUGAAAAAGUUGCUCAGAAACCAGUUUCAGAGUCUGGGAAAACACCCGAAGUGUGUAUAAUAGAAUUGGGGGGUAUUAUAGGGGACAUUGAAAGUAUGGCUUUCGUCGAAGCCUUUCGUCAGUUUCAGUUCAGAGUAAAACGUGAAAAUUUCUGUGUUGCCCAUGUUUCCCUAGUUCCACAGCCAAGGACAACUGGUGAACAUAAAACCAAGCCAACUCAGUCCUCAGUUCGGGAAUUGAGAGGAUUGGGUCUUUCUCCCGAUAUCAUCGUGUGUAGAUCUGAAAAACCGAUAGGUCUAAGUGUUAAGGAGAAAAUAUCUAAUUUUUGUCAUGUGGCCCCUCAACAGAUAAUUAGUAUACCGGACUUAAACUCGGUAUAUGAAGUUCCUGUAUUUAUGGAAAAUCACAGUAUGGCUGAAUACUUAAGCGAUCGACUUCAUCUAGGCAUAACCCCACUUCCCCCCAUGAGGAAAUACAUGAAACCUUGGAUAGAUCUGGGUGAAAAAAUGCGUCAUUUAAAGUACGAGGUAACAGUAGCUAUCGUAGGGAAAUACACUAGGCUCGAAGAUUCUUAUACAUCCAUCACCAAGGCUUUACAUCAUGCUGGCAAUAAGAUUGGUUACAAGGUUAAUAUCAAGUUUAUAGAAGCCUCCAAUCUAGAAGCGACCAUGCUCUCUGAAAAUCCCGCUUCUUACCAUGACGCUUGGCACAAUUUGUGUGUGUGCGACUGCGUCGUGGUACCCGGUGGAUUUGGGAAACGCGGGGUCGAAGGUAAAAUAGGGACGUGUCAGUGGUGUCGCGCAAACAACAAGCCCUUCCUUGGCAUUUGCUUGGGAUUCCAAGCAGCCGUCGUAGAAUUCGCCCGAAACGUCCUCAAGCUCGAAGACGCACAUUCUACUGAAGUUUGCCCGGAUACAAAAUAUCCCGUGGUUAUCGACAUGCCUGAACAUAACACUGGCGAGAUGGGUGGUACGAUGCGAUUAGGAAAAAGAGCGACAAUUUUCAAGCCUUCCGCGACGAAUAGUAAAAUAAGACGCUUGUAUGGAAACAAGGAUAAGAUCGACGAGAGACAUAGGCACAGGUACGAAGUGAAUCCGGAUUACAUAGAACAGUUCGAGAAGUAUGGAAUGCAGUUUGUUGGUGUGGAUGUGGAUCAGGAGCGAAUGGAGGUGUUAGAAUUGGACAACCACCCUUACUAUGUGGCGGUCCAAUACCAUCCCGAGUAUCUUUCGAGACCCAUGAAUCCCUCUCCACCGUUUAUGGGGCUGAUUCUAGCAGCCAAGGAUCGCCUCAAGUCUUACUUUGCCAGAGGCUGUAAACUUUCUCCGAGGGAACCCCAGUCUGACUAUUACGACUCCGAGGAUGAAUUGAAUGAAUUAACGGUUAGACAGCUGGGCAUUUGCUCCGAUCACGAGGAUAGCAGCAGUGCCUACAGCAGUUCCAGUAUAUCUUCCUCCAAAAUUGAAUUAUAAGUCGGCUUAUUUGCGGAUUCUCUCUGAAAGUAUUCGAAAUAGCAAAUUUUUAUUCAGCCGACAAGCGUAUAGAAUUUUAAAAAAUUGUGGAUAUAUAUACGUGUAAUUGUUAAAAUUAUUAUUGAUUCCAAACGUAAAAGUAUUUUUAAAUGAUUUGUUAUAUAGGUGAUUAUAUUUAUUUUUGCAGAAGUUUAUGGUAGGGUAACAAUUUGACCAAUAAAUCGUUGAAAGAGGAAA